CGUCACAAGAACGCGACAUUGGUUCUCUUGUUUUUUUAUGGUCCAAUCAAGUUCCACGUUUUGUAUUUGCGUGGUCUACUUUCCACUUCUACCACCUAUGUAACUACGAUUUUAGCAUAUGCCACAGAAUCCGCUACUAGAGCGGUUGUACGUAUCUCUCUAGUAAGCUUAGUUGUAAGUGUUUCGGAACUUUUUCGGUCCCGAGCUGCAAGUUCACGCCAUGUCUGGACACGGUCACGGCCACGGCGGCGGACACAGUCACGGCUGCUGUGAAUGCGAUCACGAGCCAGCCGAGCGAGGAGUGGAAUACGAGCUGUACAAACGCAUUGACAUCGAGAAGCUUCAGUGUUUGAACGAAAGCCGAGACGGAGACGGUAAACUGGUGUUCAAGCCUUGGGAUCAACGCACUGACAGGACGAAGUUUGUCGAAAGCGAUGCUGACGAGGAGCUUCUGUUCAAUAUACCGUUUACAGGUAGCGUGAAGCUGAAAGGGAUCAUUAUUUCUGGAGAAGAUGAUGAGUCACACCCAGCUGAAAUCAGACUGUACAAGAACAUCCCUCAAAUGUCAUUUGACGAUACAAGCAGAGAGCCAGAGCAAGCAUUUCGACUAAACAGGGAUCCGCUUGCUGAGCUCGAGUAUCCAACCAAGAUUGCGAGAUUCUCCAAUGUGGAGCACUUAUCAAUCCACAUCCCUCGAAACUUUGGGUCAGAAUCCACUCGUGUGUAUUACAUUGGUCUGCGGGGAGAGUACACCGAGGCUUAUAGGCAUGAAGUCACAAUCUGUAACUAUGAAGCAGCAGCCAACCCAGCAGAUCACAAAGUGGAAACUAUUACACCCCAAACACAGUUCAUAUCAUGACAAAUGGAGGAGAGAAAAUCUCACGUGUGCUGUGUGAAACUAUAAAGUCAAAAGUGUGCAUGAGUUUUGAUAACAGAUGAUGAAUUAAGAGAGCCUAUGUGUUCUUUGAUGUGUUCAACAGGGUUUUCUUCACCAGGGUUUGUUCAUCUGCAAUUCUGCUAAUAUGCCAAUAAAACUUAAGCUAUAUAAGAAUAAUUACUUAAUGUAUGCUUAUGUCAAAUAAAAAGUGUAUGCUUCAAUAAACAGAACAGAUGAGCUGUG